AUGGCACCUGGCAUUUCGUCAAUGGCACCGGCAACGCCGUCACUUUUGACUUUACGGGCACGUACUGCCGUCUCGGUCAUUGGAGUCAUCCCCCAGCAAAAUGACCAGGGUCCUGAAAGGCGGCCUAACAUCACGUUUGAACUCGAUGGAGAAGCAACAAACGAUCUGUCGGAGAUACUAGGUGCUGAUAGCUCCGUACUUUACAACCAGACCGUGUUUCAAGCUACCGGCCUCGUCAACGGCCCUCAUUCACUCUCCAUACGAACCAGGGACAAUUCUACAUUCAUCCUUGACGCGAUCAGAUAUACGACAUCUUCGGGCAUUGUCAACGCGGUCAACGGCACAGAUGGCUCGACGACCGCAUCAAGUCUGCCUGUGGAGAGCACAUUUCCGUAUAACGAGGCCGGACCGCCAACCUCUGCACCAAAUGGUGCCCUAGUGGGCGGCGUCGUCGGUGCAAUCUUUGGCACCUUUUUGCUCGUCGGCUUAUUCGUACUUCUCUUCCUUCGCCAUUCACAACGCGCCUUACCUCGCUCGCGUGGUGGGCAUCGAAAACGAAGCGCCGGUGCAAGACCUCAAGACGGACGACCGCGCGCAGGGUCACGAGCGAUGAAGAAUUUAGAUGGGAAAACGCCUGACCUGUCGGGUAAACCUGGAGCGGAUUAUAAGGACAAUAAGCGGAGCAAGUUUCCCGAAUACAACUACAGUGGUCCAAAGCCACUCAUUCCUCUCCAAACGCGUCCGACGAAUCCGACUAGGACGCAGGGGGGUGGAGGGACGGGAGGAGGAAUUCGGUCUGCUAUGGGCACGUUUAUGUCUAGGUUGAGCUCGGACCAUGGGAGCGUUGGGGGCGGAUCUGACGUUGUGCACGCCAUUACGACCGACUCGCCGCGGAUAGCAUCCAAUGUCGUCGAAUUACCAGCGGAUUGGGGAAAGAGACGAGAGGCGGAGAAGCAUAUGAGCAUGGGAAGCACCAUCGAGGCAGAAGGUGUCCUCGAAGGGAUGAUGCAGUCGACAUCGUCGCAUGCGACCUAUCAUGAGGGCAUGUCGCCCUCGAACCACUAUGUUCUUGAACAUCCGUUCAAGACUGGUGCCUAA